AUGGCUUAUCCUCUGCGCCAGCCCCGCCGCAACCAUCUCCAUCUCUGCCCAACAACCUCGGCAAGAGGGGGCACAGAAACGCUGCUACAGGCCAAGCGCACGUGCCAUGGCGUCUCUGGUGUCCUUCCCGCCCGCCCUGCAGUAGACCCACAGCAGCUCCUCCCUCUCCCCGUGGCUUAUCCUCUGCAUGACGCACACACAGGUGAUGGGUGGGAGGGAAAGGAAGGGUCAGAGUGGGGAGAGCGGGAAGUUAGUGGCGUCAGCCUCGCUGCCGCCAUCUCCAUCUCCGCCUGCCGGGACGAGUGGGUAGAGGCGUCAGAGAUGGGGAAUUGGAGGGACGAGUGGGUAGAGGCGUCAGAGAGGGGGGAUUGGAGGGACGAGUGGGUAGAGGCGUCAGAGAGGGGGGAUUGGAGGGACGAGUGGGUAGAGGCGUCAGAGAGGGGGGAUUGGAGGGACGAGUGGGUAGAGGCGUCAGAGAGGGGGGAUUGGAGGGACGAGUGGGUAGAGGCGUCAGAGAGGGGGGAAUGGAGGGACGAGUGGGUAGAGGCGUCAGAGAGGGGGGAUUGGAGGGACGAGUGGGUAGAGGCGUCAGAGAGGGGGGAUUGGAGGGACGAGUGGGUAGAGGCGUCAGAGAGGGGGGAUUGGAGGGACGAGUGGGUAGAGGCGUCAGAGAUGGGGGAUUGGAGGGACGAGUGGGUAGAGGCGUCAGAGAUGGGGGAUUGGAGGGACGAGUGGGUAGAGGCGUCAGAGAUGGGGGAUUGGAGGGACGAGUGGGUAGAGGCGUCAGAGAUGGGGGAUUGGAGGGACGAGUGGGUAGAGGCGUCAGAGAGGGGGGAUUAG